UUGGCCCUUGAGACGAAUAAGGGAUGUUUUUCUCAAGGCUGCAAACAGGCAAGCUUCUUCCCUUGCCUGGCUGCCAUCUCUCCUGCCCUCCCAGCUCCCUCCCAGCUUGCGUUUGCCUAUGAGAAGCAGUGCUUUGUGGGGGGGAGUGACCAAAGCUGACGCCCACAUCCCGAUAGCGAUCCCCGCGCCAGUGCAAGCAGCUGGGAACGUUCACGGGGGUCACCCCUGCGUCAGGACGAGGAUGGCCGAUCCGGACACCUACCUGCGGCAGCCCUGGCGCAUGGUGCACGGCAUCCCCAUGGUCAACGCCUUUGCCCACGACUGGGAGCGGGUCGACACCUUCCAGAGCCGCCCCGAGGACAUUGUGGUGGUCACAUUCCCCAAGUCUGGCACCACCUGGGUCAGUGAGAUCGUGGACAUGAUCCUGCAAGGCGGUGACCCCGAGAAGUGCAAGCGGGACAUUAUCUCCAACAGGGUGCCCAUGCUGGAGUUCUGUGCCCCCGGGGAGAUGUCAGCAGGGACAGACUUGCUGGCCACCAUGCCCUCACCCCGCGUGGUGAAGACCCACCUGCCUGCACAUAUCCUGCCCAAAUCCUUCUGGGAAAACCGUUGCAAGAUGGUGUACGUGGGGCGCAAUGCCAAGGACGUGGCCGUCUCCUUCUACCACUUUGACCUGAUGAACAAGUUCCAGCAGCACCCUGGCACGUGGGCCCAGUACCUGGAGGAGUUCAUGGCUGGCAGAGUGGCAUAUGGCUCCUGGUACGACCAUGUCAAGGACUACUGGGAGAGGAGGAAGGAUCACCCCAUCCUCUACCUCUUCUAUGAGGACUUGAAGGAGGACCUUUGCCGGGAAGUUGCCAAGGUGGCCCAGUUCCUGGGGCGGGAGCUGCCAGAGGCAGCACUGGAUGCCAUCACCCGACACACCUCCUUUGAGGCCAUGCGGGACAACCCCACCACCAACUACAGCAUGGUGCCCUCCCAUUUCAUGGACCAGGCUGUUUCCCCCUUCAUGCGCAAAGGCAUUGCUGGAGACUGGAAGAACCACUUCACCGUGGCCCAGAGCGAGCGCUUCGACCAGGACUACAUGCAGAAGAUGUCGGGCACUGACCUGCACUUCCGCACCCAGAUCUGAGACAGCGCUGUCACAUGCCCCCCCAACCCCAUCCCACCAAUCCUGGCACUCCAGCACUCCCCAGCCUGCCUGUGUCUGACUUGCCUCCCCUCGCCUAAGGGACUUUUGCAAAAAUAAAGAGUUUUUUUUCUGCA